GGGGAUCCGGGGAAGGAAGCCUCAGCUGGCUUGGGAGCGCAGAGAGGCGGCCCCCGCGCCGGCGCUCUCCCCGCCUCCACCCUGGGCCGCCCAGGACUCAGCACUGCGCUUCGGGGAGGCGAUGACCAGGGGGCGUGCUGUUCGCUAGGCUGCACCCUGCCGGCGUCAGAAGGCGUUGGUAAGCAUUCCCGGUCACUCGCAGCCACCACUGGACUACGCGCUCCUGCUACACACCAGCGGGCGCUCCCCAGAGUUUCAUUGGAACAGUCCCUCCGCUAUCGUAACCAUGGGGCAUCCCCCGCUGGAGUUCAGCGACUGCUACCUCGACAGCCCCGAUUUCCGCGAGAGGCUCAAGUGUUAUGAACAGGAGCUGGAGAGGACCAAUAAAUUCAUCAAAGACGUGAUCAAAGACGGCAGCGCGCUUAUCAGCGCUAUGAGAAAUUACUCUUCUGCGGUUCAGAAAUUUUCCCAGACACUGCAGUCUUUUCAGUUUGAUUUCAUCGGGGACACUCUGACCGAUGAUGAAAUUAAUAUCGCGGAAUCAUUCAAGGAAUUUGCUGAAUUGCUCAAUGAAGUAGAAAACGAGAGGAUGAUGAUGGUACAAAAUGCUAGUGACUUGCUGAUCAAACCCCUGGAAACUUUUCGGAAGGAACAAAUAGGUUUCACAAAGGAGAGGAAGAAGAAAUUUGAAAAGGAUGGUGAGAGGUUUUACUCAUUACUGGACCGGCACUUACAUCUGUCAUCCAAAAAGAAAGAAUCUCAGUUGCUAGAGGCAGACCUCCAAGUGGAUAAGGAAAGGCACAGUUUCUUCGAGUCCUCUCUUGAUUAUGUCUAUCAAAUCCAGGAAGUUCAAGAGUCCAAGAAGUUCAAUAUUGUGGAGCCAGUCUUGGCCUUUCUUCACAGCCUCUUCAUUUCCAACAGCUUGACUGUGGAGCUCACACAGGAUUUCCUCCCAUACAAACAGCAGCUGCAGCUCAGUUUACAGAAUACAAGAAAUCAUUUCUCCAGUACCCGAGAAGAGAUGGAAGAACUUAAGAAAAGGAUGAAAGAAGCUCCUCAGACAUGCAAACUUCCAGGACAGCCAACCAUUGAAGGCUAUCUCUAUACACAGGAGAAAUGGGCUCUGGGGAUAUCCUGGGUGAAAUACUACUGCCAGUAUGAGAAAGAAACUAGGACACUCACCAUGACACCAAUGGAACAGAAGCCAGGUGCUAAGCAGGGACCCGUGGAUCUAACUUUGAAAUACUGCGUGAGAAGAAAGACAGAGUCAAUUGACAAGAGAUUCUGUUUUGAUAUAGAAACGAAUGAAAGACCAGGAACCAUCACUCUGCAGGCACCUUCAGAAGCCAAUAGAAGGCUAUGGAUGGAAGCUAUGGAUGGGAAAGAACCUAUCUACCACAGCCCCAUAACAAAACAGGAAGAAAUGGAGCUGAAUGAAGUGGGGUUCAAGUUCGUUAGGAAGUGCAUCAAUUUUAUUGAGACCAAAGGGAUCAAGACAGAAGGGUUGUACCGCACAGUGGGCAGCAACAUCCAGGUUCAGAAGCUGCUUAAUGCCUUUUUUGAUCCAAAAUGCCCAGGAGAUGUGGAUUUUCAUAAUAGUGACUGGGACAUUAAGACAAUCACAAGCUCCUUAAAAUUCUACCUCAGGAAUCUUUCAGAGCCUGUCAUGACUUAUAAGCUUCACAAAGAACUCGUCUCUGCUGCCAAAUCUGACAACCUAGAUUACCGUUUGGGGGCUAUUCACUCCCUAGUAUAUAAGCUACCAGAAAAGAACCGGGAAAUGCUGGAACUUCUAAUCAGACACUUGGUAAAUGUGUGUGAGCACAGCAAAGAGAAUCUUAUGACACCUUCCAAUAUGGGGGUGAUCUUUGGGCCAACCCUGAUGAGAGCUCAAGAGGACACUGUGGCUGCUAUGAUGAACAUCAAAUUCCAGAACAUUGUGGUGGAAAUCCUGAUUGAACACUUCGGCAAGAUAUAUUUAGGUCCACCUGAGGACAGCCAAGUACCUCCAGUGCCUCCACCUCGGGUGACAGCAAGAAGGCACAAACCAAUCACAAUCUCGAAGCGUUUGCUGAGAGAAAAGACAGUGUUCUAUACUUCUUCCCUGGAUGAAAGUGAAGAUGAAACCCAGCAUCAAACUCCUAAUGGUACAAUCACCUGCAACCUGGAUCCCCCAAAGCUACCGCAGCACCUCAAACUAUCCAUUCAGAAAAGUGGGGAAAUGGACCCUGGAAGAAAGUCCCCAAACAGACCUGUUUCUGACUGUCAAUCAGAGCCCUGCCCAGAGGUGGAUGUGGGGAAGCUGGUAUAUAGGUUGCAGGAUGGAGGGAUCAAGGCUACUCCAAAGGCCACCAAUGGACCUGUGCCAGGUUCUGGACCCACAAAGACCCCCUCUUUCCAUAUAAAGAGACAAGCUCCCCGACCAGUGGCUCACCACAAAGAAGGAGAUACUGACUGUUUCAGCAAAGUUCGGCCCCCAGGAGAAAAGCAAACAAUCAUCCGUCCUCCUGUGAGGCCACCAGACCCUCCUUGCCGGGCCAGUACUUCACAAAAGCCAGAACCAAAGCCAGACACUGUAGCUGGUAAUGCAGGGGAAAUCCCAUCAUCUGUGGUGGCAUCCAGGACAAGAUUCUUUGAAACAGCAUCACGGAAAACUGGAAGUUCUCAAGGGAAACUUCCUGGAGAUGAAAGCUGAGGCCACAGGUUUGAAAGGACUUGGCCUUAGGGACCCUUUCGAGGUUGUAAAAGGGUCUAUUUCAAACCCUUGUGAGCCAUUUGGUGCUGAAGAGCAGCUCAUUUCUGGCCUUUUACCUUUAGUAUCUGGGAAGUCAUAAAAUAAGGAGCACAUGUUUUAGACACACAUGUUUGUUUCUCCUUUGUAUGCUGUCUUUUCCUGGAAUGUCUGUUGUAAGCAGCUCCUAGGACACUGGAUGGCUGGAUUCUCUCAAGCAACAAACUCUACUGAAGUGAAAAUACCUAUUGAAGAGGGGAACCUAGUUUCCCACACUUCUCUGAGCUUAUUGUCUCCUCAAAGUUCAUUGGACUCUGAAUGAAUCAGGAUUAAAGGCUAAUCUUAGGGGCGUCCCACCCUGAUCUAAAGACCACAUGAGUUGGGGCCAUUGUUUACUUGGAAGGGAGUAGGGAUGUUAGCUGAACAUUGGAGAAUUGUGUCAUGUCUCUUUUUGAGGAUAUGGACACUAACUAGUACCAGAUUGUCACCCUGGUACCAUGACAUGUUAAUGAAAUCUGGUGGAAUCAGACUGCAUGAAUGAUUCCCACCCAGUGUCCUUACCCAGGAUGGGCUUAGGAAGGUAGCCUUUCUGCUUUUGCCUCCAGCUUCUGAGGACAAAUCUGCUAAGCAUGUUUUGCAUGUCAAAGCCUAGGUCUGUCUGGAUUUUCCUUUUGCCUACUUCACCCAAUAGCUUCCUUUCCAGCAAUCAACAAAUAAAACAAAACAGAAAUCGUUUCUGUAAAAAAGGGUCAAAUGUUAGGAAAAAUUGUUAAGAUUGACUGAGUCUAAGGAAUUGUUGUCAUGGCUUCUUAUUUGCCUCUAGCUUACAAGCUCUUUUAUUUCCUGAAAAACAAGCAAACCGACACAGCUACAAACAAACAAAACCAGAUCUUAGCCAAGUGCCUGUGGAUUCUGGAACUCCGUGAUGCCCCCAAGAUGACAUAUACAAUUCCAUGAGGGUAAUGCCUUUUCUGAGCAGAUGGUUCAUAACAUUCUACUGGAUUUCAAAUGGGACUGCAACCCAAUAAAGGUUAAGAACCACA